GUCAAAGUCACCACGAAGCAAUGACUACAAAUCCCAGAAGCCUAAGCGACGCCUCUCUCGUUGCCGGAAAACUGAAAGGAGAGGCAUCUCCUUUUAUAAUUGCGCACUCUGAAUGCCGCUGCUGAUCCAAGUUGCAUGUGGGAGCAGUCAAGCGCGAAAGAUCCCAAAGAAGCUUUGGUUAUUGCUGUGACGACAAGGGCUAUUUUCAACCUGGAGAAGGAGCACGAGAUCUUCUUGACCAAAGGAAAGGAUGAGUAUGUAAAGCAUCAGCAAGAAAAUGAGAACAACAGCUUGGAGCAAGGAACAGCCUUUGCUUUUGUUCAGGCGGUGCAGUUUGUGAACAAGAAACUUCUCGAAAGAAACCCUGAAGAAAAGAAGCUCUUUGAUGUCAUAGUUCUCUCCAAUAACAGCCCAGAGAGUGGUGCCCGCAUCAUCAACAGUGCUAAACAGCAUGGUCUGGAGAUCUCCAAGUUCUGCUUUGUCAGUGAUGAAGACUCUACCCAGUACUUGAAAACCCAUAAUGUCAAGCUUUUUCUCUCAGCUGACAGGAAGGAUGUAUGCAAUGCACUUCAGAGAGGAGUCUCAGCAGCACUCAUCUUCCAGCAAGAGAUACAGGCUCCCACCAACCAGCUGCGGGUCGUCUUUGAUGGAGACGCCGUUCUCUUUUCUGAUGAAACUGACCGUGUCUUUCGUGAAAAGGGACUGGAGGGAGCUAUCGCAUAUGAGAAAAGUAUGGAAUCAGUACCCAUGGGAGAGGGGCCACUGAAAGCCUUUGCUUUGCACCUUGGGAAAAUUCGCAACAAGUUUGGUCAAGAGGACUCCCCCAUCCGCACUUACUUGGUAACUGCCCGCAGUGGCCGUGACAUGGGCAUCCGGACCAUCAAAACCCUGAGGAAAUGGGGCUUGGCAAUUGAUGAGGCCUUCUUCAUGGAUGGAGCUCCGAAAGGCCCCAUCUUGUCCAAAAUCCAGCCCCACAUCUUCUUUGAUGAUGGUCUUCACAAUAUACAAGGUGCACGGGAUGUUGGUGUUCCCUCUGCCCUGGUCCUUUCUGGUGGCAGUGAGGAUGGAAAUGCCCAUAUUACCAUGUGAUUACUGAGCAGAGUUUCUGACUAAAAGGACAAUGAAGUGUGGAAUUCUCAAUCCAUUCUGACCAUAGUUUGUCAUGAAGAAAACAAAAUAUGAAAUCAGAUAAAGCUGAAGAAGAGAAGGAGAAUGAAAGCAAAGUCACUGCAAACCUUUCUGACAAUGAUGUUCCCUUGAGUUUUGCCUCUCUUGAAAAAUCAUUCAGUAGCCAAGGAGAAAAGCAGGAUUACCACCAGCUCUUAGAAGCCACUUCAAUUGCGUUUUGCCUCUCCCUUGCUGACAGCCAAUGGUUAUGAAGCCAAAAAAACCCCCUUCAAAUCUUGUGCAUCCAUUUUCUUAUUUUUCUUCUCCCUCUCGUGUUUCUUCUCUUACUUUAGAUCUUUUGAGAGCGAAGGCUUGAAGGAAGGGACAGAUGCUUUUAAAAAACUGAUAUGAGUUGGGCAGAAAGGCUAUAAAUAAACAAAAUAUUGUGCCGCUUCUGGAAUAAAUCAAAAAGCAAAGACAAUUUAACCAGAGCAGCAAAAAAAUUCUCAAAAGUACAAAAUAGAAAUGUUGUUUGAAGUUGACAUCUGCUUUCAUCUGCCUCCAUUUUUUGUCCUUCACCAGCUUGUUUUAUGUUCUGUUAGUGCGAAGGAACUUUCUAAUUAAAUUUGGGCAUAGUGAAAUUGCAGCUCUACAUGUUCAGAAACAGAGGGAGAACCCAUUCAGUUGAGAUAAAAACUAGGACUUGGCUUAUGAGAAAAAUUCAUCAAAAUUCCAGUCCAGAGCCUCUGUCCAAUUAACUCUGAACUCCAAAGACUGCUUCAAUUGAGCGUGGCUUUCUUCUCACAGAAAAAAAAGUAGUUGUAAAUUUAUUCAUUUUUGAAAAGUAUAAGCCUUUGCUGUGAAUCUUCAGUUCCCCUUAACACAAUCUGGAAGGGGUUGAUAGAUGCUUCCAUUCGGUAGGCUCAUUUCCAGUUAUCGCUCCUUCAUUACAAUCAACUUGAGGAAUUACAGUUGGCUUUCCCCACUUCAGUAGGAUUGGUGCUCUAUGUGUGUGUGUGUGUGUGUGUAUGUACACACACACACACACCCACACACAACUUGUUGCCCACAGUUGGGAACAUGAUGCACCUAUAGGUCUGGAGAUAAAAACUAAUUUGUUAAAAUCAAUUACACUAUUAAUUGAGUUGGAAAUUUUCUUACAAAAAAGCAACUUUCUUAAAUUCAUAUUUUAACUAAAGUGAUUGACCUAAGUUUAAAUGUCAGCAUUAACUUAACACCACAUUUAAGCUUUGUACAAUGCUAAAAAGCUAGCAAACGUUAUGAUAAUUUAAUUUAUUAUCAAGGCUAUAUCAAAUCAACAAGUAAUAAGGGCAGCCUGGAAAAGGAGUGGUCUUUGCAUCCAGAUGGCAUUGUCUGUUGCAUUGAAUUAUGAUACUAGUAAUCCUAGAACCUUUGCUGAGAGGCAUGAGAAAAUCAGCAAUAAAGAAAUAAAUCACUAAUAAUCAUGGAUGACAUUUUACAACUUCAUUCUGGUAAGGGUUUUAGUGCAGCCAUUCAGCUUAAAUUUUAUGAGGAAAUUUAAUACAGAACCAUAGAGUUAAAAGAGACCACAGGAGCCAUUCAGUUCAAUUUCCGAUAAUGCAAGGAUACAUAAUCAAAGUACACUAGAGUCUCACUUAUCCAACACUCGCUUAUCCAACGUUCUGGAUUAUCCAACACAUUUUUGUAGUCAAUGUUUUCAAUAUAUCGUGAUAUUUUGGUGCUAAAUUCAUAAAUACAGUAAUUACUGCAUAGCAUUACUGCGUAUUGAACUACUUUUUCUGCCAAAUUUGUUGUCUAAAAUGAUGUUUUGGUGCUUCAUCUGGAGCCCCCAGAUGGCGUAGUGGACUAAGUGACUUGAAGGUUGGGUUGCUGACCUGAAAGCUGCCAGGUUCGAAUCCCACCUGGGGAGAGUGUGGAUGAGCUCCCUCUAUCAGCUCCAGCUCCAUGCGGGGACAUGAGAGAAGCCUCCCACAAGGAUGGUAAAAACAUCAAAACAUCCGGGCGUCCCCUGGGCAACGUUCUUGCAGACGGCCAAUUCUCUCACUCCAGAAGCAACUCCGGUUGCUCCUGACACGAAAAAAAAAUUUGUAAAAUCAUAACCUAAUUUGAUGUUUAAUAGGCAUUUCCUUAAUGCCUCCUUAUUAUCCAACAUAUUCACUUAUCCAACAUUCUGCCAGCCCGUUUAUGUUGGAUAAGUGAGACUCUACUGUACUCCUGACAGAUGGCUAUCCAGCCUCUACUUAAAAACCUCCAAAGAAGGAGACUCCGGACACUCCAAGGCAGCAUAUUUCACUGUUUAAUAGCUCUUACCAUCACAAUGUUCUUCCUAAUGUUUAAGUGGAAUCUCUUUUUUUUUAAAACUUGAAUCAAUAUAACUUUAACAGGUUUCUCUUUCUAAUGUAAAUGGACCUCAAUUAGUUUUUUUAACCAGAUGCAAUAAUAGUUUUCUACUCCUAGCAUUCCCCAGCCAAGAUUAUCACUGAAAGAGUAAUAUUUCCAAGGUGGGAUCAAGACCCUUCCUGUUCAAGAGAAGUGUGGGACAGUUUACAUGCUGAUGAUUGUUGCACUACAGUACUAUACAUUUUUAAAUAAAAAAGUAGAAUUUUCUGUAGCCUGAGAAAAGAGGUUGAAGGCAAAUAGAGCAGGAUAAGGAUUUGUUAACAUAUAUAUAGGUGCUUUAUAAAUAGUAAAUUAAAUGUAGUUAUCCCAUAGUGUGGUUUAUACCUAGAAAAAUUAGCUUUAGUGACCUAUUCCUUUGCCUUUUCUCGAUUUCAUUUCAUCUUGAUAACUAUACAAAUUGUUGAUAAUUUUACAAGUGUAUUUUUCUUUGUCUUUCUUCAUUUUGUCAAAUACAAUUUGAAGUAAAAGCAAAACUAAUACGUAA